AUGGCGGAUGCCGCGCUUUCGUCGGCAGAAGCCAUCAUGGUGGAUGCCAAGGCGAUGUUUCCCGACACUCCCACUGCGUCGGAUGCGCUGAUCGGCUACGAAGCGCCGAAAGCACAAAUGGUGAGCUACCAGCAGCGCAUGCUCUACCGAAGCAAGGCAUCGGAGGCCUUGACGUUGGCAAAGGACGCUUUGGUCUCCUUCCGCCGUGCUGGGGAGUCAGCGAAGAAGGUAUCCGCACUGAAGGUUGUCGUUGAUGCCAGCAUGGCCAUGGACCGAAGUUUCGACGCCAUGAUGGCAGCCAGCGAUGAGCUGGCGAUGAUCAAGAGGACAGGAAACAAGCAAGCCGAGGUGGAUGUGUCGGAGAUGCUGGCAGAGGUGCAAAUCGCCCGAGGCGACGCUGGCAGCGCGUCGCAGUCCUUGAACGAGGCCCUGGCCUUGUACAGAGAGCUGGGCAAGAAGGACGGUGAGGCAAAGAUUCUGCGGACUUUGGCUGGCUUGAAGCUCAAAACCGGCCGAACGAAGGAAGCCCUCAGCAUGGCGCAACAGGGCCUGGGUCUCUUCAAGGAGCUCGGCGAUUCCAAGGGGGAGGCCGACUGCCAGCGAAUUAUCAACAGGGCCUAUGCGGAAAGUGGUGAGAUGGAGAAAGCGCCGAACCGCAAUGAUGCAUUGAAGGCCCUCGAGGACUUGGCGAGUGCUGUCGAGAACCGAGAUAAGAGCCUGUGGAAGACCGCCAUUGUGGAGCUGAACAAGAGCUCCGCCUAUACCCAGCAUGACGUGCAGCAGAUUUUCGGCUCCGCCUUGAAGAAGGACCGCCAGGCUGCAGCCAGCUUCCUGCAGCAGAUGGGCAUUCGGUCCUCAGGCAGCGCGCCUGAGCUUGUCCUGAAGGAGGUGACGAAGGUCUUUACCUACGUCGGCUUCCGCGUCGGCGGGCUGGGCUAUGGGCCCCGCUUCCGGUGCCUCAACCCAACGCACGCCCUGGGUGUGGAGGGUGACGUGUCCUCGGUGAAGGCCGUUGCGUGCCUUCAGAUCUCAGACGAGGCCGACGACUGGGAGAAGGAGCUGCAGUAUCAUCCAGGCAUCCUGGAUGGCUGCUUGCAGUCGCAGAGUGCAUUGGGGUGA